CCAUUAAUAUAAGAAGAACCGAAAAUAAUAUAAACAAGAUUUCCCGGUGUAAUAUCAUUUUUAUUCACAUUGGAUUAGAUUGGUGGUAUCGUAUCUACAAAGAUAAUUUAAGUAUUUCUGUCUAGUGAAUGUGAGUAUGGCUAUGUGCAGUCAAAAAGAAAAAAUAAAUGUAAUUUUAAUUUUCUUUAUUUGUAAUAUAAUAAAAAUUGGAGGAAUACUCAGAUUAGAUGAGAAUAAGAAUGUAAAUCAAUGCCAAAGAUGUAAAAUAUUGACAGAUUCGUUUGGUCACUGGCUCGAUAAAACUUCUAGAGGUAAAUUUGAAGGUGGAGAUGUAGCAUGGGAAGAGAGCAAACUGAAAUCGUAUUCACGAAGCGAAAUAAGAUUAGUAGAAAUUCAAGAAGGACUAUGUUCUGAACUUAAAAGAUAUCAAGAUCACUGCUAUAGCUUAGCGGAAGAAACUGAAUCAGUUCUAGAAAAAUGGUGGUUUCUAAAUGACCCACAAUCAAUGGAUCUAUAUUCAUGGUUAUGUAUAAACACUCUUCAAUAUUGUUGUCCUGUCCAUCAUUUUGGGGCUCAGUGCACUUCUUGUCCAUUAGAUGAAAAAAAACUAAUUUGUAGUGGACAUGGGAAAUGUGAUGGUGAUGGCACCCGUGAAGGAAAUGGUACAUGCUUAUGUGAAAAAGGCUAUACUGGAACACACUGUGAUAAUUGUGUUAAAAACUUUUUUAAAUUAAACACAUCUUGUGAACCUUGUCACAUAGCAUGCAAUGAAUGUAGUGGCCAUGGAAUAAACGCUUGCAAGGAAUGCAGUGAAGGCUGGCAGAUGAAUUCUAAAAUAUGUGUUGAUGUAAAUGAAUGUUCUGAUCCAUCUAUAUGUAGACAUAAUGAGUAUUGUGUUAAUAAGCAAGGUUCUUACAGUUGUAGGUUGUGUGAUAUGUCAUGUAAAACCUGUGAUGGUGAAGGUUUAUUAAACUGCACUUCUUGUGAAUCUGAUUCAGUGUUGUGGAGUGGAAAAUGUGUGAAUGAUUCCUUAAAAAGUGCUAUUUUACAGAACACUUUUAAAAGAAUAGCCUUAUACUCAGGGUUGUUAAUAAUUGCAUUUUUUGUACUGCGCCACUCUAGAACAGUUUCUAUGAUAAUAGUAGCUAUUAUUGCUGUUUAUGUAUAUUUCUCAGAGAAAACUUCAGAUAUAAACAUGUUGAAUGUAUUGAUAAAUUUAUAUUUAAGUUAAGAUGAUUCAUCAUAAUUGAUAAUAGUACAAUGUUGUUACCAUUUUGUUAUUUUUUCAUUAAAUACAACUAUCCUAUUAUAUUAUCAAUGAUUUUGGAGAAUAAUUGUGAUGAUAAUAUUUGUAAUAUCUCAAAUAUAAUUAUGAUUCUCAAAACACUCUGCUAACUUUGUUCCAGCAAUGGCUUUAACUCAGUUAAUUACUGUACAAUUUCACAAGAUCAGUAUCAGAUUUUGUUUCUUUAUGAUUUAGGGAAAUAAGUUAAUAAAACAAAUAAAAAUUCCCAAGAAAGGUGUAUUAAAAAUACAUUUUAUUGCAUAAGUUACAUAACUACAUUUUAGUGACAUUUAUAUACAAAAAAUUAAAUAUGUAUAUUACUUACUAAACUUAUUCAAACUGUAAAUAGUUUAUUGUACACUAUAGAUGAAUUAAUAUUUAAACAAUGAAUAAAAACUUAAAGAGUAAAUAGGUUUUGAAAUAAUUGCAAUCUAUAAGGUAACAUUGUGAACUUUUUGCUUAUAAAAUUACUCGUGUAAAGUUUUAAGAAUGUUUUCUUAUGAAUACUUCACUAAUUGUUGAUGAUUAAUUACCUGAAAAUUUAACUAUUCUAGGUUUCUCAUGGAUUUCAAUUGGCAAUAAAAUUUGGCAUAAGCAUAGAUAUAAUUUCAGUCUGAUUAGAGCUUUACUUUCUAACAAAUGAUAUAUUCUCAGUACAUUUGUACAUAAUUAUUCUUACAAUAUCCAAAAAACUGUAAUGCCACAGAAAACCAGUUAUAUAUAUCUGAGCAAAAAAAUUACUAAUUCACAUUUUCUCCAGACAAAAAAUAAUUAUGCCAUUUUUGCAUUCACCAUUGGCAACUGCUUGCAUAAUGCCAUGUGUUCAUUGUUAUUUAAAACUCAAACUUAAGACUUAUUUAUAUUCAAUAAAUAUGAUACAAAUUAUCAAGAAGUAAUUGAAAAACAGAUGAGUGUCGACUUUCUAAAAUAAAUGAUGCAAUUUAAUUUCACUUGAAGUUUAAUGCAGCAAUUCAAAGCAUUUAAACUUCAGCUUAUAUAUAGAUUAUGAGUGGAAAAAGAAAUAACAACUUUAUUCAAAGUAGCCAAUAAUACCAUGGAGUAAAUCACUUAAAUGGUCUUUGGUGAAGAAAAAUCAGAAUAGUAGAACAUUUUAAAGUUAUUAUUAAUAGAUUACUCAACAAAGUAAAUGAUAGAAAAUUAAUUAUUAAUGUCUUUUAAACAAAAUACACACAAUUAAUAUAUGAGAAUAACUUUGUUCUAAGAUUUUUUUUGGUAAAAUUUCAUAUUUAAGUACUAAUGUAACACCAUACAUAAUAACUUAUGUUUAAUUGUGAAAUAAAAUACUUAUUAUUUAUAUAAACAUUAAAAAAGCUUUAGAUGAAGUCAAAACUACCAUCCAAGGAAAAAUACACUACAUACGGGCAAAUGUGUUAUAAAAUGCGAAAGUAAAAGAAAAUGACACAACUAGCAUUUAAAAUGCUACAAAGUGGAUGAAUCCUUUAUGUUUCAGAGAAUAUUUAUAUUAUGUAACAUAUAUUCGAUGCUUAAAUUAACGCUGCAAGUCACAAUAUGUUUGUUCCAAUUGCAAUCCUAUUUAAAAAAUUAAUAUAUUAAUACUCAUUUUAUCAUUAUCAGUCUGCUCCGAUUUAUUCUAGUUAUGAUUAUUAUUUUUCGGUCCCAUAUCUUAAUACUCAUCCAUAUUUCUUAACUUCAAUCAUGUUAAUUCAUUAUUUAAUUUUCACACUAAACAAUUAAUGAAGUUAUGUUUCUUCAUAAUUUUAAGUAUUUUUUGUAAAUGAUAUUAUUUUGCUAAUUGAUACUUCUAUUUUCAGUCUGACUUUUCUUAAAUGGAAUGUACGACUAUACACAUUCGACGCGAUUAGUGUGAAAAUAAGGAAUAAAUACAAUAAGAAAUCUCUAUGAUGUCCCAGAAUUUUUGUGAACAGUAUUUAAUAAGCUAUUUCAAAAUAAUUAUAUAAAAACGCAUGAAAUAAUGAGCAGCGCUAUUAAAAAUAUAACUAAGUAAAAGUUAAAAGGAUGUUGGAAGCGACUGCAACUCUAUUUAAUUAGACAAAUUUGAUUUAAAAACUGUUGAAUCGAACUUUCAUAUGUUUCGAAG